GGAAGGAGACCCGAAAGAACAAGACAACUUUUCUUCUCUUCACCCGAUCAAUGCUUGCCACCCAAAGUGAGCCCUGAGUUAUGGCGGCUUUUGCGUCGACGCCGCACGGAACUGGCUUUCCAGCAGCGGGGCGAUGCGGUUACUAUGUGGAAAAGAAGAAGCGGUUCUGCAGGAUGGUGGUGGCUGCAGGAAAAAGGUUCUGUGGUGAACACGCUGGAGCCGCGGAGGAAGAAAAUGCUCGGAAAAGAAUCCUGUGUCCUUUAGAUCCAAAACACACAGUAUAUGAAGAUCAACUAGCAAAGCAUUUGAAAAAAUGUAACUCAAGAGAGAAGCCAAAACCUGACUUCUUUAUUCAAGAUAUUAAUGCAGGCUUAAAAGAUGAAACAGAAAUACCUGAACACUUAGUUCCAAUUUCUUCUCUCUCUGAAGAGCAGUUGGAAAAUUUAAUUAAGAAAUUGAGAAAAGCAAGUGAAGGUUUGAACUCUACACUUAAAAAUCAGAUUAUGUCCCAUCCAGCAUUGCAUGAUGCCCUUAAUGAUCCUAAAAAUGGUGAUUCUGCAACCAAACAUCUGAAACAGCAGGCUUCUAUUUUAGGUAACAUUGAAAAAUUAAAGUUACUUGGUCCAAGAAGAUGCUUUGUUGAGUUUGGAGCAGGAAAGGGAAAAUUAUCUCAUUGGGUUGAUAUUGCCUUAAAAGAUGCUGAAAAAGUUCACUUCAUCCUAGUAGAAAAGGUGACCACAAGAUUCAAGGUAGAUGGCAAACACAGAAAGAAAAAUUCGGUGUUUGAGAGACUUCAAAUUGAUAUUCAACACUUGUGUUUGAACAAGAUUCCUUUGCUAAGCAAAGAAAAACUACCUGUGAUAGGGAUUGGAAAGCAUCUGUGUGGUGUGGCAACAGGAAUUGCUUGGGAAGGACUCUGAAACCUCUCCCACUAGAAGAUGAUUAUGUAUCAGGAUUCUAGGGGAAAAAGGAAAUGUGAAGAUGUGUUGUCUUAGCACUUGGAUCCAUCAGAUGUAGCAUGAUAAAGUAGAAAGAACAUGGGCUUUGAAAUCAGAUAGUACAAGGUGCAACUUUGUUGUAUAAUCUUGGCAUAUCACUUAACCUUUCUGAGCUUUCAUUAUCUCAUCUGUAAAAUGAGGAUAACAAUAUAUAAUUUGCUAGUUUACAUAUAAAGUGUCUGGCACAUAUCCAUGCUCAAUAAAUGUUAACUAUUGUUACGUCUUCUUCUGGCUCCUGCUAAUUUCAUAUUUACCUGUAUGGGGAACUAGGAGCCUCCCUAAGAGUUUAUUCAAGUUGGUUGGAAAUGACUUUAAGUGUUAUAUAUUUGUGUUGUCCUUUAUAGUUUUUAGAUGAUUUACAUGUACCUUGUCUCAUUUAACUCUCAUAAAAGCCUUCUGAAGUAAGCCAAUUCUAUCCUGGGGAGGAAACAGAAGUACUCUUUACUCCCAGCCAUCUAAUCCAGGUUUCUUAGAAAUACAGUCUACACUGGCCGUUUCUCAUUGUUCCACACACUUUUUCCCCCCUUGAUUCACUCUGACUGAAUUCUCCCUUCAUCACUAUAUUAUCACCUUCAUGAAAAAUCUCUGCUGUUGUUGCUUAUCCUUCUUGAAAUUCUGUUUUCUUCUCUUUUGUGACAUUCUUUCCUGGUUCUUCCCCUACAUCUGUGCCAUUCUUUCUCCAUAUCUCAUGGUGUCCAUCCACUGCUUGUCCUUUAAAUAUUAAUAUUCAGACCCAUGUGCCACACACCUAAAGUGUCUUUCCCCUUCUUAAAACUAUUCAGUAGCUCCCAAUCACCUACACCAUAAAGUCUAAGCUCUUUAACAUGACAUCCUCGUCUUAAUCUGGCCUUUGCCUUCCUCUCUUUGCUACUUCCUGCCUCUAUAUUUAUUGGUCUACAAGUUCUAACCCUUGGCAUAUACUAUACUAUGUCUGUUUCUAAACUGAUCAAUUUCUACUCCUUCUUCAGCUCAGUUGUUGCCACUUUCAGGGAACCUUCCUAAAUAAGAUAGUGUUUAUCCUUAGCGUUUAUCAUAAUUGCCUCUGCGUAUCUUGAGUUCAUUGUAUAUUAAUUGUCUGUUUAUAUAUCUCAUUCUCCCAGUAUGCUCUGGGGUUUUUGUGUUCUUUUGUUUGUUUUUUGAGCAUAGGGAGUAUGCUAGCAUGAUGCUUGGUAUAUAACAGGAACUCAGUAAAUCUUUGAAUGAAUAAAUAAUCUUGGCCACCAAUUUGCUGUGUUUCCUUGUCCCUUUCUAGGUACAUGGCUUUAUCCCUCAAGUUCUCUAUAAAGGAGGGGUUGAGAAGUAGCUAAAGCUACUUCUGAUUCUAAAAUAUCUUCAUUCUUUUAAUGAUUUUUCUGACUAUUCCCAUUUCUGAAAAUCAUUACUUAAGUCCAAUAUAAGUAAAACAGUGGCUGAAUAUAUUUUGUCGGAAAAUAAUAGUUUUUAAAAUAAAAGAUCAGUUAUCACCUUCUUCAAAUAAUAGGUUCCCGAUAAUGUUUGUUGACUUAAAUUCAUAUAUUGUAUCAUAUAUACUAGUGAAUUAUCAGAUCAUUUACUAUUCACUUGUGACAUCUUGGGAUAAUAAAGUUUAAAAAUACAUAUAUUUUUGAUUGAACAAGCAAAGUGUGACAGUCUCAUCGACAGAAAAUGUGGAUUUUACAGCAUAUAUUUGUAGUUUUUCCAGUAGUCAACAAUAUUGCAGUUGUCAGUGGGUAGUUGUCAUAAUCAUCUAAAAUCCAUUUGUUUAGUUUUUAAGUGUACUAUAAAUUUUUCAUUUUAAUAUAGAGUUCAUUUAGUGUUUCAGUUUGUGUUUAUUAUUCAUCAUAUAGCCGCAAAGCCUUGCACAUGAAAGACAUUCAGGAACUAUUUGCUGAAUGAGUGUGUAACUAUAGUAAGGCUAUUCAGUGAGGCCUACGUUCCACCUUCUUACCCCACUUUUCUUAGCUCUUCACUCUUUGCUGUGAACAUCUGACGUUUCAAGACUGACACCUGACAUCAACUUUAGCAGAUGCUGAUUAGCUAAUACCUUUCCUCUUUCUUUCUUUGGGUUCUUUAAGCUCAAAACUUCCCUGGAAUGUAAGCGUAGAGACAUAAAUUUUUUCCACACAAGUCAUUUCCUCAACGAGGGUAGGAGAAAUGAGAGCAAAUUUGAGUAGCUGGACUAAACGUUUUGCAAAUUUUAGAUCUUAAGCUUCACACCGGUUUUGGGGGAAGUUGACUUUAUGCAGAAUAAAUCAUUAGAGAAAAUGAUACAAUAAUGAGAAAAGAGCAAAAAUGAACAAAGUUGAUAAUUCAUGAAAAUUAGUACAAGUAUAAAGCUAAGUAGGUUUUUGUCGUUGGGCUUUUAAAAACCAUACUGCCUAAUAAAUGUAAAAAAUACUUAUUUUUAAAGAUGAUGUGGUUUGGGGGGCCACAUAAUUGUGUUUGCAGAUCUUGCAUUACGAUGUUUGGUUGAAACCUAUGCUGCCAGUUGUGAGGAAAGGAAUGAAGAACCUUUAGCCAAACGCGUAAAGAAUGAUAAAACAGAAAAAGAAAUUAACACUUUGGCCAAGGAAGGAAAUGAAAAA